UUCAACUGAACAUCGUGUUGUUUUUACGUCACUUGUUGCGUCAUCACAAGUUGCGUGACGGGGCGGGGAAACAGUCGACGAACAAAAUGGAGGAAUAUGCCAGAGAGCCGUGUCCCUGGAGGAUUGUGGACGACUGUGGGGGUGCGUUCACCAUGGGGGCCAUUGCAGGAGGACUAUUCCAGGCAGUUAAAGGCUUCAGGAAUGCACCUGCGGGCAUGAGUCACAGAAUGAGAGGCAGCAUGACAGCCAUCAAAACCAGAGCGCCACAGCUUGGAGGCAGUUUUGCGGUGUGGGGAGGCCUCUUCUCCAUGAUUGACUGUGGCUUAGUGAAGGUGCGAGGGAAGGAGGACCCCUGGAAUUCAAUCACCAGCGGCGCCAUGACAGGAGCAAUCCUCGCCGCCAGGAAUGGCCCAGUGGCCAUGGUGGGUUCUGCAGCCAUGGGGGGCAUCCUACUAGCUUUGAUAGAGGGCGCCGGAAUCAUGCUCUCUAGGUUUGCCUCGUCACAGUUCCCAACAGGUCCUCAGUUUGCGGAGGAACCAGCCCCCACCUCAAUGCCCGCCGCCCCCUUUGGAGAUUACAGACAAUAUCAGUGAAAGGGACUGACCUGCUACGCCUUUUUAAAAUUCUUUCUGGAGUUCCAAAGAUAUAAAAGGCUGACAAUGAUUUGCGUAACCAUAGCAACCUCCUCCCCACCAGAUGAACAGAUACUGCAAAGGGACAUGUCGCCAUUGCUCAGCCUAAAUAUCUAUUGUACUUAAUAUCACUCGGAUACUUUUGUGUAAAUACGUUCAAAGCUUUCGCUCGCGCAUCUUUAUUUGCCUUAAGUACGCUUUAGCCCCCCACACCCUCAUGAUCGCUUACAAUACAACUAUUCCAGAGUUAAUAGUUUGUUUUAAAGUGAUUUAUUUAUUUGUACAUUAACUGUUGGGAAUGCUGCUCCUGUGUGAGCAAUACUCAAAAGGAGGCGGAAGGAGUGGCGACAUGAUGUAUGCAGUCUAGUCUGUGUGAAGGACACAAUGUUUAUUGGCUGCGUCAGCAGGACUGCUCUUUGGCCACUAGAGGGCAGCCGUCUCUAAAGCACCAUUUUUGAUUGCAUAGGAUUCCCUUUGCCAUAAUGGCUUAAUAAAUAGUCCAAAAAGGAA